AUGGUCACACGUUGUUUAUUUGGUAUAUUUGUUUUCGGAUCGAAAUCAGAUUUAAUCUAUCGAUUUGCAACCGAUGAUUUAUUUUCAUAUUUACGCAAGUGUUUUAUUGAUCGAGGUUACACAUUUAAUGAGAAUCCAACGGAAAAAGUGGAAAUAAACCAAGAUAUUGAGUUCUCAAUUGACGAUGCUAUUGUACAACAUUUUUCCAUGCUAACGACCUUUCAUUCGCAAACCGCAUAUCGAAAUAAUGCAGUUAGACGCAUCACACUUAGUUCAAAUAUAGAAUUAUUUUUUGAUCAAAUCGGAGAAAGUAAAAUAAUAUGUAUGGCUGACGAUUCAUUUCAUACAACUAUUGUACUUAAAGCAAUUAAUUUAUUCAAAGCAUUGGCUAAAUUUCAUAUUGGUGUUUUACCAUUUACGAAAUCUAAAACGAUGGAUAAAUCAAUCGAUCGAAUAGCUUCGUCACUUCAAUAUUAUUUGAAUAACAUAGCAACAAAUCAAGCACUUAUUUUUGAAAGCUGCGAAUAUUUACAUAUCAACUCGUUAAUUCGUCAACAAUGUUUAGAAGCUUGUACAGUUAUUAAUCAUGAUGUUCAACAUUGGCUUCAUACUGCGCCAACAGUAGUACUCAUUACAUGCAAAGAUAAAAUUGUUUAUAUAUAUACAAGUAACAAUCAAAACCGACCGAGUAAUAGCGAUCUGUUCUUAUUGAUACUUAACAAUACCAGUCGGCCACUUCGUCAUCAAUUUAAAGAACAACAAAAUAAUUCAACAAAUAAAACAGCUCAUAUAUAUAAAACAAAGACUCAUCACAAUCAUCAUAAUCUUACCAAUUCAGCAGAAGAUAUUCGUAUUGCACAAAAUCGACGCUCAAAUUCAUUGCCAACAUUUUCUCAAUUAGAAUCCAUGAAAACAAAUGACGAUCGUUGUAUUGAAGUUGUAUUUAUGAAAACAUCGAAUCGAAAUAUCGCACCAUUUACUAUGUACACAGUACCAUUGACAGAUGAUAUUGCCACAAUUAUUCUUGUUGAAUGGAAAAGUAGUUCAGCUUGUUCACAUCUAUCUGAACUUAUUCGUCAGCUGGAAAUAUGUACAAGUCAAUUACAAUUUACGUACACGCGUUUAAAUACUCUCGUUAAACCUUUAGAAAGUAAUUCAAUAGUCCGACGAUAUUUUAGCAGCAAAAAUAUAUCACCAAAUAAAUUGUCAAAUAUAUUAAACGAAACAAAAUUGAUUUACAAAUCUUUAAAAAAAGGACAGGAUGUUAUCAAUGAAGAUGAUGACAAAGGUCGCCAAAUUCUAAAAAAAUUAACAGAUAUGAGUGACUUUUCAAUUGAUUUAUUUCAUCAUUUAUUUUUCGAAUCAAAUGAAUAUGUUAUUCCGAAUAACAACGAUGAAAAAACGAAUUCAUUAAGAGCCGACAAUCAUUUAUUUGAAUCAUCACCGAUGACAGAAAGUCUUCGAAAUAAAUUAUCCAUACAACUAGAAGACUGGUUUUCGUUUAUUGAAAUUAAAUCUCAACGAAAUAUUACGAUGAGUUUUUGUAAUAAUGAUUUUCCUGGUCUUGUGCAUUUUGCAUUGAUUGAUCGUUUACGGGGUCAUAUUUGUACGCCAGCGUUAUAUACCGAUGAUAAUCAGAAUUCUUUCAUGUCAGGCAACAAUCUACAUGGAAUGGAACAAUUUUUAGAAAAAAAAAUACUGAAAUUUGAAAUAGAAUGUCUUUCGGCACUUCAACGUGGUUGUACAUCUUAUACAAUGACCGAUGAACAUUUUACGUACAAUUAUACAUUACGCUUACAAGAGAGUAAUGUAUGCGAUUAUUUUUAUUUAUUAGAACAAAUGAAAAAUCGUUUUCAUAAACGUAUAAGAGUUAACUGGGAAAAAAAUGAGGGCGCAUCAAUGCGACUCUACAAACCUUUUGUUACAUCUGAACCGCCUGGCAUUUUACAUUAUGAUUUUUACAAAGCAUUGGCUUAUGACAAUUAUUCUUCUAUUGUUGAUCAAGCAUCAUUACUAUGUUUUGAAUUGAUUUGUGUGCAUCUACGUAUUGUGCCAGCAAGCAGUGUUCGUGACCAAUACGAACAGCUUUGGCCAAGACUAAUGGAACUUGAGGAGUGA